AAACCGGAGGGGGGGCGGGGACAAAGAGCCUCUCUAGCCGCGCCAGUCCGUCCGUGGCCGGCGGCGGCUGCGGUGGUGUUGGUGAUGGCGGCCGUCCUGUCCCCGCGGGUGUGUGACAGCGACCCGGCCACGCCUGGAGCCCAGUCUCUCAAGGAUGAUACAGAAGAGAAUUCAAAUGAUGGCAGCCAACCAUCAAAAAGACGACGCAUGGGCUCAGGGGACAGCUCACGAAGUUGUGAAACUUCAAGUCAGGACCUUAGCUUUAGCUACUUUCCAGCUGAAAACCUGAUAGAGUACAAAUGGCCACCUGAUGAAACUGGAGAAUACUAUAUGCUUCAAGAGCAAGUCAGUGAAUACUUGGGCGUGACCUCCUUUAAGCGAAAAUAUCCAGAUUUAGAAAGACGAGAUCUAUCUCACAAAGAGAAACUCUACCUCAGAGAGUUAAAUGUCAUUACAGAAACACAGUGUACCUUAGGUCUCACAGCCCUACGCAGUGAUGAAGUAAUUGAUCUGAUGAUUAAAGAAUACCCAGCGAAACAUGCUGAGUACUCUGUCAUACUUCAAGAAAAAGAACGCCAACGAAUAACCGAUCACUAUAAAGAGUACUCUCAAAUGCAACAGCAGAACACACAGAAAGUUGAAGCAAGUAAAGUUCCAGAAUACAUUAAGAAAGCUGCCAAGAAAGCCGCCGAGUUCAACAGCAACUUAAACCGGGAACGAAUGGAAGAAAGAAGGGCCUAUUUUGAUUUACAGACACAUGUUAUCCAGGUACCUCAAGGAAAAUAUAAAAUCUUACCUACGGAAAGGACAAAGGUUAGUCCUUAUCCAGUGUCUCUCAUACCAGGCCAGUUUCAGGAGUACUAUAAAAGAUACUCUCCAGAUGAGCUUCGAUAUUUGCCACUAAAUACAGCUCUUUAUGAGCCUCCCUUAGAUCCAGAGCUACCUGCACUGGAUAGUGAUGGAGAUUCUGAUGAUGCAGAAGAGCGUGGUGAUGAAAAGAGGAAAAUCAAAGGCAAUUCGGACAACUCAUCUGGCAAUGUUUCUGAAGGUGAAUGCCCCCCUGAAAACCAGGAGGAACCUAUUCAGGGAAGACAAAAAACAAGAGAGAAAAACUCUACACCAAGAAAAGAGGGUUCCAAACGAUCUGUAUCCAAGUCAGUUCCUGGGUACAAGCCAAAGGCCAUUCCAAAUGCUAUAUGUGGAAUUUGUCUGAAGGGUAAGGAGUCCAACAAGAAAGGGAAGGCUGAAGCACUUAUACACUGCUCCCAGUGUGAUAACAGUGGCCACCCAUCCUGUCUGGAUAUGUCUGCAGAGCUUGUUGCAAUAAUUAAGACCUACCCUUGGCAAUGUAUGGAGUGUAAAACAUGCAUUAUAUGUGGGCAACCUCACCAUGAGGAAGAAAUGAUGUUCUGUGAUGUGUGUGACCGUGGCUAUCAUACGUUUUGUGUGGGGCUUGGUGCUAUUCCAACAGGUCGCUGGAUUUGUGACUGUUGCGAAAGACAACCUCCAAUACCCAGAGGCAGAGGAAGAAGAGGGAAGAACAGCAAAGAAGGCUAAAAUCAAUAUUUACACUCUUUGUAUAUAACUGCACAGAAACAAGUGCUAAAAUCGGUGCUAUUUUACCUACCACUCUGUAUAAGGAAGAAUACCACUCAAAAUGUUUUUCAACAAAUAAAGUUUUUUAAUUUUAGGAGGACAGGGAAGGAUACAUUCUAUUCCAGUAGCUUUGCUUGAAAAUCCCAUGCAGAGGGAAAGUGCCCUGUUGAAAUUCUGUACAUCUAUCAAUUGUUUCAUGGAUACAGUGCUGCUGCAUAGCAGUCAUUGCACAACAGACUUUAUAUUUAUUGCAUAGCAAUCACUUGUGUUCUCUGUCCAGCUCAAAGAAAAGGACUGAAUCACUAGUUGGCAAUUACUGUUUUCUGAUGGGAGUUGCCUCUAAGCAGAGUACUAAUGCCUGGCAAGAAAAAAAACCCCAUCAAGUGGUACAAAUGUCAUAUGAUAUAAUGAAUUUAGGUUUACAGCAAGAAAUCAUGUAGACCUUAUAUUUGUCAUGCCAAAUUAUGUCUCUUAAGUCAAUGAUUCUCCCUUCAAACCAUAAGAAAAGGAAGAGAAUUCAUAUUUUCUUUUUUAGGAUGUUAUAUCAUAUGAAAGCAGCCUUAGUUAAAUGGCGUUCAUGUUCCAAAAGCUGCUAGCCUUUAAAAACGGUAUUUGCUCCUAGUAUUCAUACAGAAGAGGUUAAAGUAUUUAUAAUUGAAAUGUGCUGAAAUACUAUAUGGAGAUUAGUCUUUUUACUAUUCUUAAAAUCUUUGUAUAGAAAAUCAGUUUUAUUCAAAGUCACAGUGAACUGUAAUUCAUAUCUGACCCUGAUCAGUUAAGAGAAAACGUAUACAAA